AUGCAUUGGUCGCACCAUAAUUGGUUGUCAGUGGGUUUGACGAUUUGCACUUGCAUUUUCGUGUUUGGUUUUGUCUUUUGUGAUGUGCAGGAGUAUGAGGAGCAGAAGACGCCGGAAGCGGUGGUAUGCAAGGAUUUGGACAAGUUUGAGAUGAUAUUGCAGGCCUACGAAUACGAACUGGAGGCGCAGAGAGCGGGAUGGUUGAGUGAGUUCUUCAAGACCACGGAGGGGUGCUUCACUUACCCCUGUGUGCGUGAGUGGGUUGCUGCACUGGUCCAGCUUCGGAGUGCCUCUCGUCGGGAAGGAGGCAGGAAGGAGUAG